AUGGAUUUAUCUUUCACAAUUGAACGAAAUUCCACCGAACAGAAGCCAGCCGAUUCGAAAGAAAAGUACCAUACAGUCGAUUAUGAAGAAGAUGAUAUUCAAGAUCAACGACAACCAAUGCCGAUCAAACAAAGUAGCAGUAGAUUAACAAAGAAAAAAGCUCGUGAAGAUGAAACUGUGGCACAAGCUGUUGCUAAUUUUGAUCCAACAUCCGAUAGUGGCAAAAGAAUUAUUAACUUGAUUCUUAAUGUCAAGUCUGCCAUUUUAAUUAAAUCAACAUUAUCACGUCAUACAACUUUGAAGAAUUACAUUCCAUUGUUAGAUCCAGCACUUGAUUAUCUGAUACAUGAUAUUGGACUGUUACAUUUAUUUGAUUGUGGUGCUGUUGUUACGUCAAACAAUCAUCGUUCAGUACCUGUCUAUGUAAAAAAAAUGAUUUCACCUGUAUCUGCUAAAGAAAACUUAUGUUUAUCAAAAUUAUUGAAAAAGUUCUCAAUUGAACAUUCAGAUUAUAUUGCCACGUGGUGGAAUAUUUCUUUACCUUCAACAAUUACUUUAUCAGAAGAGGUGUAUGAUUUUUUGUCUACUGCUCCAUAUACAACAUUUAUAACUGUUCCAAUUACUGUAUGGGCUCCAAGAACUCGACUACAAGAACCUCCUGUGAUUGGUCUUCGUCAAGUAAACAAUCAUGCUGAACCUGUGCAAUCAGCUUUACCUCUUGUACAACCAUCAACUGUAUCUGUUCAUGCUCGUUCGAAUAUAAUGCCAAGAAAUCCAAUGUACUCUUCUGGUAAUAAUUCGAUGGAUACUAAUGAAAAUAAUUCUACCGAUUCCAACAGCGAAAAAAAUGCUUCAGUUAUAUCUACCAGUAUAAUCGAUCGUCAGCAACAACCAAUUCAAACCACGACUAAUGAUUUGGAUACUCAUGAUGAAAAUCAUAUUCAAAAGCAAAACUUUCAGCGAACACAAAAACGUAGUGCACCAGUGGAAACAACUAAUCAAUCAAUUCCAUUAUUGUCAACUGAUAAACAUUACACCACAAAUAUUCAGCAAAUAACCAGCGAUUCCAAAAUGUUCGCCUAUUUACAACCAUCAACAUCUUCUACUACCACUGAACAUUUGUUUAAUGUAUCAGAACUUGUUUUUAUUGAACGUGUCGAUAAAUAUUUCCAUGCAUUAACUCCGAACAAAACCAAACAUAUUGCAAAUAUUUGUUCGAAUACAUUUGGUCGUGCAAUUGAUGAAGAUAUGAUCCGAUAUACCCUAAGUAUGUUUCACAACGGCUUUUUACCUCAGUUCAAUUUAUAUUGUGAUGUUCCAAAUAUUGUAAAUACUUAUGCUGAACAAAACAAAUUAUAUACAUUAAGCAACAAUGUCUUCUCUGCUAUUUGUGGAAAAUAUUGUUUACAAUGUCGUACAACUUAUUCCCGAUUACUUUCCAAACGAGUAACAGUUUAUCAAUUUGAUGGAAAAAUCGAAGAUGGUCUUAUCCGUUAUUAUAGUUGUACCCAUGAAAAUAGUAACAAACACGAACAACCAGCAACAGAAUACUAUCCAAAUUUCAUCAAAUCUUUUCACGAAAAAAUUAUUACAAAAGAAUUGUUUAACAACACCGAGUAUUUUUAUAUAGGUGGUGACAGUAUCUUUGCGAAAAAAAUAUUUACACAAUUUGAAACACUACUUGUCACUUCACAUACAAAUUUUCAAGGUUUCACGGAAGCGUACAAUCUAUUACAUAAUUAUGAACAAAAUGAUCGGCGAUUCGCUGAACGUCGUAUUUUCUCUCAAGUGUGGAUGAUUUAUCAAGUGAUCAAUUUUGCAUUCUUUAUGGGUUAUGAACAAAUAUCACUGCCAAUAACGAUGGAUCGACAACAGAAUGAUUCAUUCUUUUAUUCAAUUUAUGACUCAUUAUAUACACUCUUCGUUCGUUUUUGGUUAAACCAUUCAGAACACAAACCAUGCAGUUUGAACUGUUCGCGAGCUUUAGUGGUCGAUGGUAAUCAAAAACUCCGACGUCGUAUAUGUCUCGACAAAAGUAAAACCAUAUCGACCGCCGAAAUGUCUUCAAUUAAUAUUGGAUGCGAUAAAACACCCGUAUAUAAAUCAUUAUAUUGCAGUGAACAUUUACCUCAAUCACAAUCACGACGAAACAUAAAUGAUAGACAUUUGACCAAGAAUCAAAUUCACGCAACAAAAGCCAAAAAUAAAUUAAAAAUUCACAAGAAACAUUUACGUUCAGAACGAAAUUUUAUACAACAUGAGCUCAUUAGUUGUUCAACAUUAAAAGAAAUGCCAAAUCAAUACAUUGACAAGUGUGUGAGAUCAUUUGGUAUUAUAGUUUACGUCACCAAUUGCAAUGUCACGGUGGCAUUUAAUGAAAUUUUCAGAUCGGAAACAAUCAAAGAAAUCCUCAAUGGUUUAAUCUCUAUUGUUAAUAUCUCACCAACUUUACCUCCAGCCAUUAUUUAUGAUGAUGCAUGUCAUCUUAUUAGAAGAUUGAUUGAUGGACAAACAAAAAAAGAAUUCAAAAUCACACCAGCAAUCCAUUAUUUAAACACUAAGACCUAUAAUAUUGAUAGAAUGCACCUGCAAAACCACAAAGACAAGUGGUGCAGAAAAUUUCUUGAUCCUCAAACAAAUCCAUUACUCGUAAAUGUUAACACAGAAGCAUGUGAACAACUUUUUAGUUGGUCAAACGGCUAUGCAACAUCUUUAACGAAUAUGAAUCAAUCCAGAUGUCGACUAAUGCUGUUAUUAACAUUCCAUUUAAGGAACUGCUAUCUUAAAAAAAUCAAUCCUCACUUAUUUGAUAUCGGAAAAGAAAUUGUAACUAAACCUCGACCAAUUCUCAUAUAA